AAAGAGAUUCAUCAAAAACACUUUUUUUGUUUGUUUGUUUUGACUUCAAGCUAUAUCGAUGAUCUUAGAGAUGGAAGUAAGCAAGAGAAUGGAAAUGCUAGAGAGGAGGCCGUCGAUAGAGACGGAGCCGAUGACACUGCAUCUUGAUCAAUUAGAAAAUGCUCGUGAAGAAGCUAUCUAUGUUAUGAAAACCAAAACAUUGGAGGAAGCUAUGGAUAUUUUCACAAAGCAGGAGACGCGUGAGGGUUUAAGAGCUAGUGAAGAAAGAGGACGAUGCAUGAAUUUGAAGAAUGAUGAUGAUGAUGAUGAUGAUGAAGACGAAAGAAUGAUGUUUAUGAGUCCUCAUGGUUGGGACAUUGCUACUGCUCCUUUCUAAUUUGUUUUUAACUCUUUUUUUUGUUUGUCUCUUCCGUUUUUUGUUUUCCUCUACUACUAUACUUUCGUUUUCAGUUUUCCUUAAAUCUUUGUCUGUACAUAUAUACUUACGCAUAUGUAGAUGUUGAAUAAGCCGUACGUGUACUUUACAUCCUUCGUUUUUAUUAUAGAAGGAAAAAAUCGUCAUGUACACAAUCGCAAAAGAUUUUUCUUUAGUAUAUCUGAAAUCUAUGAUUAUAUUUGAUC